GCCUGCAGUCGUUCGAUGAGAGAUUUCGACGGUUACUACAAAUCCCUCAAUUUCUUCUACUAUCCGACGGAGCCGUACCACUGCCACGCGGUUCUUCGAUCCGGCUCCUCGAUAUCUUUGCUCUUGCCCUCGCUGUUCCUCCCUCUCUCUGCUCUUCCUUACCUUCACUGCUCGUUCUCGACUUCGCUCUCUCAUCCCUUCGUAAUGGCGUCUCCCGGUGAAUCAGGAAGCAGAAUAUGUACUUCAGACGAAGCUAUUAAGAAUCAGGCUGAACCUCCCAGUUUGCAGGAGCAACAUGAUGAUAGUGAUAGAAAAGCUCGCAUUGAGGAAGUUUGGAAGAAAAUGAACAGUGGGAUGCCCCUCAAGGACCUCAAAUCCUUAGUGAAUAAGCCCAAUUCAACUGGAAGUAUAAAGACAAAAACAACAACUCCUAGCUGGAUGUUCCGACUUGGAAUUGCACCUGCAAAGGCACCAGCUGCUACAUCAACGCUGGGAAAGAGACCAGAAAGCUCAUUUAAUGGAUCAAUGGAAGAAGCUAAGAAACUUGCAGCAGCUGCUCUUUUGGCUGCCAAGGAUGCUGGAUUAUCUACAAUUGCUGGAAGGGGAAAAGUUGAAAUCACUGAGGUACGGGACUUUGCUGGUGAGGAAAUCGAGUUCAAGAAAUUAGUUGGUGCUGACUCUAAGGAGGCAUCUGAGAAGGCUAGAGCAUCUAGCACUCCUCCAACUGCAUUGGACACUGUUCUAGAGCAGAUAAAGAAAAAAACUAAGCUCAGUGUCCUUGAUAAAACCAAAAAGGAUUGGAAUGAGUUUAAGGAUGAGAACAAGGGUUUGGAAGAGGAGCUAGAUGCGUACAAGAAGAGCUCAAAUCAGUAUCUGGACAAGGUUUCUUUCUUAGAGAGAACUGACCUUAGAGAAUUUGAAAGAGAGAGGGAUGCUCGCCUCACAUUACAGGCGAGGAGGAGGACAGAUAUGAGAGAGGAUGAUUUGUGAUGCAUCUGUCUACUACAUAUUGACUACUAGAAGUUUUAUUUUGUCUCCAUUAGCAACCAAAAGAAAUCAUUGGAAUCAGCAUUAAGUCUGCAAAAGGAGAGCAUGGUUUUUCUCUAUUUUCUUGGUUACAAUAGCUUUGCUUUAAUCGUCAUUAUACCUGCAGUUGUGUUGUAAGGCAACAGUGAGAAAUCCAAGGAACAGCAAUGAUGACAUGCAACUGCUUGGUUGCUCUGGAACUUGUUAUAUUCAAUGGCAAAAAAUUGUGACAAAGUCGAUGUGUAAUCUGAGUCUUUUCCGUCUCUUCUUGUUGCUGUGGAACUUUUGUGCUAUUUUUUAUGGCAAAGAGAAAAAUUUGUGGCAAACAAUCUUUGCUGGUUCAAUAUGAAGUUUGUAG